AUGACGAUUAUCGUUCCUCGUCCGGGACACUGGAAUCCCGCGACCGCCAUGACCGUUAUUCACGGGCUCCCCCCCAAGACGAGCGCUUUGAAUUCCGACUCCGUGAAGAAGACCGCUACGGUCCCCCCCGCGCGUGCCCCUGGCCGCUAUUACGAGGACGACCAUCUGGUCCAGCCAGCCGGUCCCCUUGUGGCGCAUGACCGUCGCCGUCGACGAGACGACAGCCCCUCCUUCACUCCGCCACGAUUGAUAAGGAGACAGUCUUCUCUCGAUACCUUUGAUAGAAUUCCCAAACGCAAAAUGGAGCCCGCUCCCAGAAUGCCUCGAGUACCUCAUCCACCGCGUCCUCAACCCCCGCCGGGUCGCUAUCGCGAGCAUGAAGUCUAUGAAGACAUUCGCAUUGCUGAGCCAGAUUAUUAUGGUGACGAGGAGUUUCGCGAGUUCGAAGAGAGAGAAACUACACGUCGUCGGAGUAGUAGACGCUCGAGUAGUGCGGCAAGGCGCCGUCAUGAAGAGAAGCCGUACCCGCGAAAGGGAAAGACUCGCAUUCCGAGCAAGUUUGUGCAUAUUCAUGCGAUUUUGGAUUUGGGAUAUCCUUUCAAAGAAGAGGACGAAACAAUUGUCAUUCUGAAAGCUCUAUCUAAGGAGCAGAUCGAUGAAGUGAUUACCCUUAGUCGGCAGUUUAGACGCCCUUCCCAUGUUGAGACUGAGUAUCUGGAGAUCUCACGACCACCUCGGGAAAGAGUGACGACAGAGCAUCUUCUGAUCGAUUCUCACUACUCGCCGCGCGCAAGCCAUGACACCUUCAUUCUCUCCACCUCUCCACCUCGUCGCCCUGAUGUUGAGUAUGAAGAAGUGAUUGAAAGAAUAGACAGGAAUCGUCUGCAACCAAUCUCCCGACCUCGCUCUGUGUCCGUGCAUACUCAUGGUCGAGUUCUGUCACCUGUACGAUAUAUUGAACCUCGCACAGCCGCCCCAGAGCGCCUCGAGGUAAAGCCUCGCGAGUCCGGGUCUUUGGUUGUCAUGCGACCUCGUCAUAGUGAUCAUGAUGUUUCGGAAAUUCGAGACCUGGAGGAAGAAAUUCGACGUCUGCGUAUGGAACGAAAAGGCGGCAUUGAGAUCACGCGACAGCGCGAUACAGAGAUCAUUGAUAGCAGGGGCAAUGAAGAGGAGGUUACUGAGAUUCGCCGACAGGAACGCAAAGAACCCAGUUCGCGGAUGAUGCGUGCCAUGAUGGCCACCUUAACGUAA